AUGGAGCAAGUUGUGGCCAUAGCCAUACUUCUGGGAUCUGCAGUGUCGGCUCAGAAGCGCAUCAUCGGGGGAGGCGAGUGUCGGCCUCACUCUCAACCUUGGCAGGUCUUCCUCUACGACGCCACUCAAAUUUUCUGCGGAGGGGUCUUGAUUGAUAAGUAUUGGGUGGUUACAGCCGGACACUGUCAUGGAAGAUCUAUCAUAGCUUUUCUUGGAGCUCACGAUCUGUGGAAGAGAAAAGGGGCCCAGGUUACCCGAGCACUCCAGGUCAUCCGCCAUGCUGCUUUUGAACCCGUGGUCCUGAAUAAUGACAUCAUGCUUCUCCGCCUGAACCGCCCCGCCAUUCUGGGGGAAACGGUCAAGACCAUUCCGCUGGCGACUCAAUGCGCACCUGUUGGAACGAAAUGUAUAGUGACAGGCUGGGGCACUACUACUUUCCCUGAAGUAAAUCACGCCAGAAACCUGCAAUGCACAGAAGUGACAAUCCUGCCCCCUAAAGUAUGCCGGGAUGCCUAUGGGUCCACCUUUGUCGACAGUGAGAUUUGUGCAGGAGCCAUGGAAGGAGGGAGAGACUCCUGCCAGGGUGAUUCUGGAGGCGCCAUGGUCUGCAACGGGGUCCUUCAUGGAUUAGUGUCGUGGGGAAAUGAGCACUGUGCAGCUAAGAAUAAACCUGGGGUCUACACCGAAAUCUGCAAAUUCAGGGGGUGGAUCAUAAAGAGCAUGACUGACUAA